UGUUGGUGUUCUUUCCUAAAUUAUCAAGUGAAGAGAUUCUUUUUCAGAUUGCUAAGAACAGUCUUCAGCUUAAAGGUAAGUCAUCCUGUGUGUUUGAAUUCCACGCAGCACUGACUGGGGAUGAUAUGGGAUAGAAAGUCUGUACUUGGACAGUGUGAAAGGAUAAGGUAGGGGGAUGGCAGAAGGUUUGUUUUCACACGUAAACAUUUUAAAGUCUCCUUGAGCUCCAUAGUUGAUUUCCUGGGGUAGGGCGGAACAGAAGAUCUGGAAAGGGCCCACAAAACAAGUCUUUCUCAAACACACAUUCCCUGGGAGUCCUGGGUGUUGAUUUGGAAUGGCGGAGAAAUCAGCACUGAAAGAGGAUAGCCAGAUAGGAACAGAGACAGGGUGGCCAACGUGCCAGAUGAAGCCUGGGACACUAGAGAAGAGCUCUGCACAGCAGAGAAGCCCAGAAUCCUGGGGAAACUGGAAGGAAAACACAUCUACUUUAGCUCAGUAGGUGAGAACCACCAAAGGGAUUGAGUAGGGUAGCAGCAACCGAAGAACAAAGCCUCUCCUGUUGGCACAGGGCCACCCCCAUCCGGGAAUGGGGAGCAAGCCCAGCCUCUGAACCAAGCACAGAUUCUCCAGGGAUGGAACAGACAACUGCUGGACUUUGAUAAAAACCUUGUAGUUUAAACUCUUCACAUGUAUGGGAAAGGCAGCUCAGCAUAGUUGCUAAUAAUGUGGGUUCUGAAACUAAAAUUUGUGUCCAGUCCUUGCUUCACUGUGUACGAGCCUUGUGACCCUGGCCAAGUUAGUUCCUCAUAAGGUCUGUAAGUACAGAGCUGAUGUGUGUGACUUGCUCAGAGCAAAUUUAGCACAUAGUGUAUGCUUUGGUGUUACUUCUCGUUUAUAUUACCUUGAUAGAGCAUAAAUGGCCUUUUCACACAUUUAAAAUAUUUGUGAAAAUAAAUGGAUCAGUUAUGAGUCUUACUCUACAAACUUAGAUGAGGAAGGUCUUUUAUAAAAUGAUGGUCACUGGGGGCACCUGGCUGGCUCAGUCAGGGGAGCGUGCAACUCUUGAUCUCGGGGUUGUGAGAUGGGUGUGGAUGGAGAUCACUUUAAAAAAAUAUGGUCACCAACAUUCACUGAAGGCUUGAGCCAGGCAUGAGCAGAGUGCUACUCUGCUGUGAAGUGGAGUAUAAUCCUCGUUGGGAUACUGCUGCUUUGGGAGGUUAGGUUGUGUUGUCAAAGCUUGCAGAGCUAGGAAAUUGUGGCACCAAUUCAAUCCUCAUGGGCCUAAUUCUAGAACUUGAUGAUGGGGAUAUUACUGCUGCAGCAGGACGUGAGCUGUGCGUGGCUGCAGGGAUCUCACUAAGAGAAAUCAGAGCUGGAAGUGGCCGUUAUCAGACCUGUGUCAUCUAAUGUGUGCCUCUGGGCCAAAAAGGGAAGAGGACCGGCAAUGCAGGCCUGAUGAUACAGGGCUUUUGUUAGUAGGUUUAAUGACUUUUUGUGUCUCUAGAGCUCAAAAUUCUGGAGAUGAUUCAGGAAUAGCUAAGAAGUUUCUGAGAAAGGGGAAGGUCAUUACAUCAAAACAAAAGCAUUCUACUUAGGACCAUGUAGUAUGGAAACCAGAGUAAGCAAAUGAAUCGACAGAUUAGGAAAGAAAAUUCAGAAGUAGGUCAUUUGUAAAAGAAUUUAUGAUCAAGAUGGCAUUUCAAAACAGCAGGCAGAGACUCUGGGGACAUUGGCUCUGUACCUGAAAGGUUACACUAUUUUAUGCCAUCCCCAAAUUAAAUUUUUUAGGGACUAAAAGGAAACUCUUCACAGAAGACUUUGAGAUAAAAACAAAACUUACAAAUGUUAUUUUUAUAAUUUGGUCUUCCUAAGCAAUGCACAAAAUCCAGAAAUAAAAUAUUGAUAGUCUGAACCUCAUGAAAAAAUGGGGAGGGGAAUGGGGGUAGAAGUUCGAUGUUUUCUGUUUUAAAUUGUCUACAAUGAGAACUUAGGGGACAGUGUGGUUUACAAGGCAAAAUGGAAGAUGUUCGUGAGUAGCUGUGCAAGUGCUUUUUGUCCCAUCGACCACCAAGUAUUGAGCUCCCCCCUUGGAUGCUUGGGCUCAGAAAGACAGCCCUUCCUGCAGGGCUUAGAGUCAGCCUGGGAGGACUGGGCCACAGGCAGCGAAUGCCCAGGACCCACCAUCUGUGUAGUGGUUGUUGAAGAAGGAAAUGUUCACUCAGGGACCACUUCCUGGAGGUAGUGGGAUUUGAGCAGGGCCUUGCAAAGUGAGGAGGAUUUCAGUGGGUGAGGAAAAGGGCUUCUAGGCUAGGGAGGCUAAAGUUGCAUAUGCCCCAGUGCUCUGCAUCCACACUGAGCUGGGUGCCCACCCUGUCAGGGGAACAGUAGUGGAGGAAGUGGUGAGAGCAGGUCUAAGGUUGGAGAUUGGUACAGUUGGGCCUGAGUCACAGGGUUGAGAGGAUGCUCCCUGGGCUGGGAGCAGUGAAGUGAUUGACCUGGAGGGCCUGCUUUUCUAGGUUUUCAGGUAUGGAUGGGAUGAGAGAGUCUGCCCAGGAGAGCACUGAUUGGUUUUUGAUUAACGGAAGAUUAAACACACAGAAGUGGACACAAGGGCAAGGCAGGCCUCAGACGAGCACAGCUCUGGGGCGGGGCCACAUCUCAGUUCUCACCACACCUUGGACAAGAGUCCUCAGCACAGGCCCUUGACUCUCAUCAUGCUCCUCUCACCCCAGACUCAAGCUUGGCGUAGGAUAGGACAAGAUGCAAAGCAUUCUGAUUACAGCAGCAUUCUGGUUGUUCUAUAAAUGAACAUAGGCAAGGAAGCAAUUUGGAGGGGUCCCUGGGUGGCUCAAUGUUUAGCGCCUGCCUUUGGCCCAGGGCGUGGUCCUGGAGUCCCGGGAUCAAAACCCAUAUCGGGCUCCCUGCAUGGAGCCUGCUUUUCCCCCUGCCUGUGUCUUUGCCUCUCUCUCUCUCUCUCUCUCUCUCUCUCUCUCUCUCUCUGUGUGUGUGUGUGUCUCAUGAAUAAAUAAAAUCUUUUUUUUUUAAACAAUUUGGAAUAAUACUUUGUGGAAAGAGAUGGCUUGAAUGAGGGAAGUGGCAGGAGGAGUGGGACAAGGGGCUCAGGUGGUCAGGAUGGGAAGCCUUUGGGCUUUCCUGAUGGGCUGGAGAUGAAAGCGAAGAGCCACAGAUGACUGACUCUGCCUUUGGCCGAAGCUACUGAAAGCCCCUUGCCCUCAGCUGUUGGUGGGGAGGCAGCAGAUGGCAGAGUUCAGUUUGGGGCACGUUCGUAACGGGCACCCAAGAGAGUGUUAAGUGGGCAGCUGGUCACAAUGAGGCCGCAGUUCAGGAGGGAGGCCUGGGCUAGAGAGAUCAGCAGGUAAGUGACGGGUCAAGCUGGGCUAGGCUCUCAGCUAAGGCUUUCCUGCUAAGGGUCUUCCUCUUCCCAACUCCCUUAGCUGGGCGGCAGGGCUCAGAGGCUUCUUCCUAAGGAGAAACCAGGGACCCCUCGUACUUCCAGGGCCUGGUUACAUGGAGACAGGGCUGGGAAAGGAACCUGAGCCCACUGCCCCGCUCACGUGCAGCACAGCCUUGGAUAAAACCUGGUCACUGUUGCUUUAAGUCUCUGGGGAAGGGGUCCAUUGCCCUGCACUCACCAAGCUGAGGCAGACAGAGAAGGAAGUGGGGCAGGAGUGCAGAAAACAGCCGGCUGCGCCCCAGGCUUGCUGUACAUGAAAACUUCCUGUGAUGAGACCGGAAACACAGGUGCUGUCCCCAGCACGACAUCUCCCAGAGCUGGGGCCAGAGGGAAGCCAUGGACAGGCCCGGGCCCUGGUCCUGCUCUUGGCGCUGCUGACGCUCUGCAUCACUGCUGGGACCCCUGAAGUAUGGGUUCAAGUUCAGAUGGAGGCCGCCAAGUCCCCGUCCUUCACUGUCCGCUGUGGAUUCCUGGGAUCUGGCUCUGUCUCCCUGGUGACUGUGAGCUCGGGGGGGCCCGAUGGUGCCGGAGGGACUAGGCUGGCUGUUUUACACCCAGAAUUUGGCAUCCAGCAGUGGUCCCCUACCCGCCAGGCCCACUGGGAAACCAAAACCAGCAUCUCCCUCACCCUGGAAGGAGGGUCUGAGGGGAGAAGCCCCAGUCCCAACACCACCUUCUGCUGCAAGUUUGUUUCCUUCCCCGAGGGCUCCCAGGAGGCCUGUGGGAACCCCUUCCUCAACACGAACCAAGGGCUCCCUGCCCCUACCCCAGCUCCCAUACUGCGGGCUGACCUGGCCGGGAUCCUGGGGGUGUCAGGGGUCCUCCUCUUUGGCUGUGUCUACCUCCUCCACCUUCUGCGUCGCCAGAGACACUGGUCUGUCACGAAGGUUCAGCCACCCCUCACCGGCCCCCAGACACAGAUGCCAGCAAGGGUGACUGGCCAAGCCUCCCUGGUCUCUCUCCAGGUCCCCCACGCCACCGUCAGCACCAACAACUGCUACUGCCCGGCAACCGUGGACAUGGCCCUCCGGCCCCCACCACUGUCCCAGUGGGCAGCGCUGCCCGCCCACACAGCAUACCCACGCCAGCCACCUGCCCACUGGGCCCCCCUGCCAGCCUCUGCUCGCAACAGUUUCAUCUCCAUGGAGAAUGGACUUUAUGCUCAGGCGGGAGAGUGGCCUUUCCAAGCCAGCCCCAAUCUUGUCCCUUUCCCCAAGUCUGGGCAUGGAGCCAUGGAGGGCCAUUUAGGAGUCCAAUGAGAGGGACCCCAAAUCUGCUUGGGUUUCCUCUCCUCUCAGGCCUCUGGGUCCCCCUUCUGUUGAGCGUCUGUCCUGGGCGCCCAUCAUCUUUGCACAACUUAUUUUAUCUUAGGACUGACUAUAUGAGUGUCUCCGCACAUACCCAGCCAAGGCCCCCUUUUUGCAGGCAGAGGAUGUGGUCAGCAUGUGUGCACGUGUGGGCACACGUGUAUCUAUGUGAGGUGACAAAAUCCCAUCCCAGGUUGUUUCCUGUUUUCAAGUUCCCAGCCCCCAUAGGUGAUGUUGAUAAGUAAAAAAAAAAAAAAAAAGGUGGCUUCUGACUGGGGCCUCAGCUGGACCUUUUCUUUACAGGUUAUGAAGUUAGAGGUAGUUUCAACCCUGGGAGGCAAGAGCCAGGUUAGACUAGGAUGGGGAUAGGGCAUGCAUGGGCGAUCUCUGGGCCUGCCCACCCCCCACCCUGGACAAGGGGUGUUCCUGGCCCGUAGGCUUUGCUGAGAGACACCAGAGGCUGGGAAGACAAGACUGGGGGGCUGAUGGUAGGGUGAUCCAUACUUAUAUCUUACCAUGUCCUAGGGCAGCAGCAAGGGCUCCGGGGGCACCAACCCAAGAAAAGCCCCUUCAGGCUGACCUGGCAUCCCUGUGUUGGGCUCUCUGAGAUGGUUUGCAGAUGUGGUCCUGAUGCCUGCCUUCCACAGAAUUCACAGGUGGGAGGCCCACCUCAAAUCUGCCCACAGCAGCUUCCUCCAGCCCCCCCUCAUUUUGAGGGUACCAGCACCAUUCCUCACUGGUUGCUCGGGGCAUAGGUAGCGGCCCAGGCAACACAGGGACUGAACACACACUCCCCUACCCACUGAUCUUCCCAUCUGGGAGCCAGCCCUCCUCUGGUAAACAGGCCCAGCAGCCUGGGCCUUAUCACAUUUUUGCCAUGUGAGAAUGUGGUGCGAGCUCUGUGGGCUGCAAGUCUCCACAGGAACCUGGCAGGUUCUGGGUGGCAGGGGGCAGAACAGUCCUGGAGCCAGGCUCAGGCCGCACCCCAGCCAGGAAGAAUACUGGCAGAGGGAGGGGACAAUCCCAGGUAGUGCCACCUGCCAAGCCAGGAGCCACCCCCUCUGCCUGGCUGAAGGAGGGCCUGCCCAGAGCCCAUGUCUAACCACAGAACCUUCCAGAAACCCAGUUUACUAUUCUAGGUAUGCUCUAAUGUGGCCUCCCCAAAACCCAGCCCCAUCCAGCUACCAGCUCUACACAGCAUUGGGGAGAGGAUAGGCCUGGCAGAGUGAGGGCCUGUCUUCCUCAGCCAGUGAUCAUCCCCCUCCUCUCAGAAGGCCUCAGCACUGUCCUGUGCAGCUGGGUCCCUGCAGGGCUGGGGCCUGAAGAGACCGGUGAGGGUUUGUGGAGGUCCCUCAAGAGGGUCAGGGAGAGGUCAGUGAGGGAGGGAGUAUAUCAGGGCCCAGCUGCCUUAGGACCAUGUCAGGACCAGGGACAAGGGUGUGGGGACAAUCGGGCUUGCAGGGCCUCAGAGGAGGCCUUGGGGGGCUCCCCCAGGAACCCUCAUUUCUCUAGGAAGGGAAUGUUUAUAAGAUAAAGGAGGGAGCUCUGAAGGAUCCCUGGCCUGAACCUGACUCCCCUCCUGGGCCACUUGCCCAUCUUGGGAGUCAGAGAUAGCUCCCCCGGAUUCGAGCCCAUCUUCCACAAACUCAAAGAGCCACAGCCAGCUUGGUCCCUGUAGUACAUGAAGCCCCAAACAUCAGGAGCCAAGAAGUCUCCACAGCUGGCCUGCCCCCCACUGGCUAGCCCCAUGUCCCAGGAGCAGCAGCACUGAAGGGCCCAGCUGGGCAAGCAGAGUUGAGGCACCACAGCACACGGCCCCAGAGAGCCCUGGGCCAGGCCCCUUCUCAGCCCCCAACAUUGGAAAUAAUGUUCUUUGUUCAUCUAACACAUAUGGCAACUGAGGCCUGAGAGACAGAGAGAUGACUUGCCCAAGGGGACAGGACUGAUCCAACCCCCUUACUCCCACCAGGCAUCUGGGACAUGCCCUCUGCCAUAAUCUGAGAUAAGGCUUGGGCUUUGGACCCACCCAGCUUGGAUUCCAGGGGCCACUCCCUGCCUGUGAGACCCCCAGCAGUUCAAUGUCUCUGAGGCUCCCUUUGCCCUUGAGUAUAUAGUAAGGGUCAGAAGGGUGUGAGGCUUGUAAGCCAGGACUAAGUACUAAGCAACUUUGCACAGAGUGUCUUGCUUAGGACUUAAACCCCAAGGGUUGGGUAUUUUCAGUAAGUUCAUCUCACAGAAAUGGAGCCUGAGCCUGGGGUCACUGAGCCGGAAAGCAGGGGCGCUUUCAGCAGGGAGCAAAGGAGGCACAGUGCCAGCUGCCUGGUCUAGACACCUCCAUGGGUCUGCUGGGCUCGGGCAGCUGGGGAGGAUGAUGGGAGACCCUCCCUGGGCCCCAGGCAGGAGGCUGGGCUUGCGGGGACCACCUCCACUGACAUCCGCUGUGGACUGGCUGGAUGGCGCAGCAGCCUGCAAGCGAUUUCCAGAGGUCCUUGUGCAGAGGACGCCAGACCCUCCAGAGAGCAUCUUUGGAGGCACCAUGGGGUCUCAUGGAAAGGAUGGAGUUGUGACACACCCAUGUACACGACCCCCACCCCUCCAGGCCGGGUCCCUCAGCCCUCUCCUCACCCACCACAGCUGGCCGGACCGACCACCCCAGACACAAACUCGCCCCUCCCCGUAGUGGUGUGGUGACCCCAGGAUACAUGGUAACAAUUUUCUUUCAAUAUGUGGUCCACCAAUCUACAUCUGCAGGGUCUCAGGACUAAUGUUUUACUAGACGGUAGAGAAUAGCUUUUUCUUUUUUUUUUUUAAUUUUUAUUUAUGAUAGUCACAGAGAGAGAGAGAGAGAGGCAGAGACACAGGCAGAGGGAGAAGCAGGCUCCAUGCACCAAGAGCCCAACGUGGGAUUCGAUCCUGGGUCUUCAAGAUCGCGCCCUGGGCCAAAGGCAGGCGCCAAACCGCUGCGCCACCCAGGGAUCCCCGAAUAGCCUUUUCUUAACAAUAGGUAGCCCUCAAGGUCUUGGAAACUUGGCUUCCAAAUUCCUUAGAGACCUAUGCUAUCUUCAACCCCUCACUCCUCACAGUCACAGGUGCACCUCUUUCUGCCCAGAGGUCCUGUCCCUGUGCUAUAAUAAAAGAAACUUUUUGCAUUGAAAA